UUUCGUGAACAUCUGAUAGAGCCUUCGACGAUGUGUUAUAAAUGUAAAAAAUAUCAUCUUGGGAUAUGCUAUGAAGGCAUGAGGUCCUGCACCCUGAAGUACCACCAGACCUGUGCUGUUGAAAACAUUUACUUACUUACCAGAAAAGGGCGGAGUAUGUAUUUUUAUUCAAAACUGUCAUGUAUGACCGACUGUGAGGACAUCAACUUCUUAAGUUUUGAAAAGAGGACAGAGCUCAUCUGUUGCAAACAUAAAAACUAUUGCAACCUCCCUGAGGGAGUCUAG